AUGUGGGAGCUUGUGGCUCUUCUGCUGCUCACCCUAGUCUAUGUCUUUUGGCCCAAGGUAAGGGUUCCUGGGGCCAAGUAUCCCAAGAGCCUCCCAUACCUGCCCCUGGUGGGCAGCCUGCCAUUCCUCCCCAGACAUGGCCACAAGCACGUCAACUUUUUCAAGCUGCAGAAAAAAUAUGGACCCAUCUAUUCCCUUCGUGUGGGCACCAAGACUACAGUGAUUAUUGGCAACCACCAGCUAGCCAAGGAGGUGCUUGUCAAGAAGGGCAAGGAAUUCUCCGGGCGGCCCCCUGUGGUAACUCUAGGCCUCCUGUCAGACCAGUGGAAGGGCAUUGCCUUUGCUGACUCCAACACUCAAUGGCAGCUGCACCGGAAGCUGGUGCUAGGCACUUUUGCCCUGUUCAGGGAGGGCGACCAGAAGCUGGAGAACAUCAUAUGUCGGGAAGCCAGUGUAUUGUGUGAUCAUCUGGCCACCCACCAUGGACAAGUCAUAGAUUUGUCCUUUCCUGUCUUCAUGGCUAUACUUAACGUAAUCUGCAUCAUCUGCUUCAACAUCUCCUACAAAACUGAGGAUCCAGAGUUGAGAACCAUAAGGAACAUCAGUAGCAGUAUCUUGGAGAGUCUGGGAAAUGAAACUCUGGUGGACAUAUACCCCUGGUUGAAGAUUUUCCCCAAUAAGACCCUGGAAAUGUUAAAGAGGUGUGUUGGUGUGCGAGAUGCAAUACUGAAUCAGAUAUUGAAAAAGCACAAGGAGAAAUUCAACAGUGAUUGUAUCACCAACAUGCUGGACAUUUUCAUGCAAGCCAAGAUGAAUGCAGAGAAUAACAAUAGUGGCCCAGACCUGGAUUCAAAUAUGCUUUCAGAUAAUCACAUUGUUGCCACCAUAGCGGACAUCUUUGGAGCUGGUGUGGAUACCACAGUCUCUAUGGUGCAAUGGACUGUAGCCUUCCUGCUGCACAAUCCUCAGGUGAAGAAGAAGAUCCAUGAGGAGAUUGACCAGAAUGUAGGUUUCAGCCGUACGCCAACUUUCAGUGACAGGAACCACCUCCUCAUGCUAGAGGCCACCAUCCGAGAGGUGCUUCGCAUCAGACCUGUGGCCCCAAUGCUCAUACCCCACAAGGCUAAUACUGAUUCCAGCAUUGGUGAGUAUACCAUCGACAAGGGCACACAGGUGAUCGUCAACUUGUGGGCACUUCAUCACAAUGAGGAGGAGUGGAACCAGCCAGACCAGUUCAUGCCAGAGCGCUUCUUGGAUCCAACUGGGAGCCAGCUCAUCUCACCGUCUCUCAGCUACCUGCCCUUUGGAGCUGGUCCCCGCUCCUGUGUAGGAGAGAUCCUGGCCCGCCAGGAGCUCUUCCUCCUCAUAGCCUGGAUGCUGCAGAGGUUCGACUUGGAGGUGCCAGAUAAUGGGCAGCUACCUUCCCUGGUGGGCGACCCCAAGGUGAUCUUCCUGAUAGAUCCUUUUAAAGUGAAGAUCAAGGUGCGCCAGGCUUGGAAGGAGGCCCAGGGUGAGGUUAGCACCUAG